AUGUCCAAAGAACUCCGCGUCGGCGUGCUCUUCACCGGCAUAGUCCAACUCCUCGACCUGGCCGCCGUCGACAUCUUCGGCAUGACCACACCCGAAUACCUCACCAUCUGCGGACUCCCCCAAGAAAUCGUCGACUUGGCCCGACCGCUCAAACUCUUCUACAUCGGCUGCCCAUCAGCUACCGCACUACAAACCAACAACGUUUCGAACGUAGUACAAGUCACCUCCACAGCCGGCGUAUGUCUUACGCACACCAUCGAAGAUAGCGAAGUUAGUCCUGGGAACCUUGAUAUCUUGGUCAUACCCGGUCCGGAGCCUACCACAAUCCCGGAUGGGAAGACUCAAGCGUUUGUGCGGGCACAUAAUGAGAAUAAAACGACGUUUUUGGUGAUUUGUAGUGGCGCUUUUGUAACGGCGCGCUCGGGGAUAUACGAAGGGAGACAUGUGACGGGACCACGGGUGUUCUUACCUGUUCUGAAGAAGGAGUUUCCGAAUGCGACGUGGGAUGAUUCGGUGAGAGUGGUGCAGGACGGGCAUAUCUGGACUGGUGGUGGUAUCACGAAUGGUAUCGAUCUUGUGGCUGCUUAUGUGAAGGCGAGCUUUCCAACUGCGGUGGCAGAAAUAUAUGUUGUGCCUUCGCGCGGGCCUAUCUUGUAG